AUGCAACCUGGGGCCAUUCUCGCCACCUGUCUUUGUGGUUCCCUCGACUCAGAAUCACAACAUAACGACGUGGUUGUUCUGAAAAUCGAAGGCACCGGCAGCGCUGUCAAAGCAAUGUGGGUUUCCGUAAAUGCCCAGAACAUCAAGCCACACGGCGGGCUGCGCUGUGACUCGCCAGCCAGAAACCGUCUCGUCCAAGAGUCAAAAGAAGGGCUGGAACAAAAACAAAGAGCCUGUCUUUCAACCAAAGAGUCUCGCCCAGCCUCCCCUGGUGCCCAAGUGUCAUCAGUCACCGCCAAAGCACAAGCCCAACCUCAAGACCACAACCCAGCCCGGCAAGGCGGAGAGGGCAUUGUAGGGCACGCGCAACAACUUCCGGAAGCCCCAGGCGUGCCAACCACAUCUGGCUUCGGUAACAAGGCAGUCAAACGGUCCACCAAAAUAGGUCGCCACUGGGUGCAGGGUUGUUGGCAGCACGGAACAGACAAGGACCAGGCUAGUGAGGAUCAGGAUCAGAAUCAGGGCACCCACGCACCAGGCCAGCAGCGGCAGCUGCAGAUCCCGCAUUUUGGUGUUGGGUUCGGUCAAGCAGAGAGACAAGCUUCCGUCACGGAUAGUCCCAGGCAAGAGCCAGUCGACUCAUUCACAGCCCAAGAGCCCAAGGAGGAAAAUCCGUCUUCAAUAAACGAAAGAUUAGCACAGUCCCCGCCUGGCUUCGAACAGCCGGGCCAUCCCAGCUUGUACUAUCUUGGCUUGCUGCAAAAUCAGAACCAUCUCCACCACGCCCAACAAUAUCAGGGUUUUACAGGCAACGACCCAUCAAUAUCAACUCACCAGCAACCUCAACCUCCCAGCUUUGGCCAUCAUCAGCAUCAGCAUCACCAACCUCCUGCAUGUUCUUCGCCACCACUUCCUUUUUCUUUCCCCUUUCCAACACCUCCAGCAUCAGCACCACCAACAUCUGCCUUCGGACUGGCUGCUCCUCCUCCUCCUCCUCCUCCUCCUCCUCCUCCUGCAACUCCACCAAGGCCACCGUCGAGACGACGCUUCCAACCAACGACGUCUCGCCGUCAGCAGAAUUUGUCCCACUGUCGUUCCAAUUCAAACCUGAGCUCAAACUCAAGUAACGGUGCCAGUGCCAACCGACGUCUGCUGGCCUCACGGUCUCCUGCAAGUCACUCUGCCAGUGGGAAAACCCCUCGUCAGCGCCUAGCACCACCACCUCCGCAGCCAAUAGAUUGUACAGCCCCACAGGACACGCCCACCGCCCACCACCGCCAUUCGCCUUUUCUUCCUGCUCAUCCUCACCCUCCUGCUUCUUCUUUUUCUGCCCGUUCUGCCCUCUCAGCUCUCUCCACGUCGUCUCCCUCCUCGCCCAUUUCCGGAUCUAUCUCCUCUUCUCCCGCUCUUCCGUCGACCUUCUCUCCCCUCUCUUCUUCUUCUUCAUCUUACCAGACUUGUUCAUCGGCCGUAUCCUCCCCACACAUCAACAUGUCGAGAUCAUCCCGAAACCCUCCCCCAGCCGUUGCCGGUACUGGACGUCAAAACGAAUACUUUGUUCCUCGAGAUGGCAUCGACCGUGAAGUUAUCUCUGCCGAUAUUUGCCGUUACUUGGGCAACGACGCUCUCGUGCGUCCUGGUCACUACGAGAACCCCCAGACAGGUCAAGCCGUACAAGGCUACUACAUCACAGCCUACAGGAAUCUAACGACGGCUAUGAUUGAGGACCUCAAAGCAGACUCUGCGCGCUGGGACAGUGAGAGGCGUGCACAGACAUCACGCAAUACCUCCGGAGUGCAAUACCGCUACUCGGAGACGCAUCAGUCGCGUCAGCAUCAUGGUCCUACCGAAGGCCCCUACGCAACCGAUCCUUACUCUCGUGACUCUGGCUUUGACGGAGGACCAAGGUAUCCAGGAACAGGUGCUCCAGGUUACACUGGUGCCGCCGGUUCAUAUAGCCAAUCUUACGGCGGCUCAAGUAGUGGGUUUGCCGGUUAUACUCAAGCCCAGCAAUCUCCUCCCCCAGCGGAUGCCAGGUUUAGCUCGACUCCCGCAGCUGCUGUCAUGAACACACCUUACCAGGCUGGCCAAAGCCCCUAUGUGGACGUCGGAACAAACCAGAGGCCCAGAGGAUACGAUGCCUAUGCUAACCAGGCUGCUGCCGCUGCCGCUGCCGCCGCCGCUCAGCAGCAGGCUUAUGCCACUUCUGCACCUUCGCAACCCGGUUACCCGGCCACUGCUGCUUACCAAUAUUCAGGUCAGGCUCCUCCUGCGGGCUACACGAUGCAGCCCCAGGACCCCUUCUAUGGUCGUGCAGGUCAACCAGCCCAAGGAUAUACCCAGGCCUCACAGUAUGAAGAAACCCCCCGGACUCGCGCUUCCGCGACACCAACAAAUACUCAAACAAAUCCCAGUGGCACCUCCAGCAGUCGACGUAGUGAACGAGAGAGCGACAGGCACAGCUCCGACCGUCACCAUCGCUCCAGCCGCCGGUAA